UACAGGAAGUGGAUGUUUGUCCCUAGAUGAAGGUUCAGGGUUUUAGCAUUAGCAGUAUAACGAUACAGGAAGUGGAUGUUUGUCCCUAGAUGAAGGUUCAAGGUUUUACCAUUAGCAGUAUAACGAUACAGGAAGUGGAUGUUUGUCCCCAGAUGAAGGUUCAGGGUUUUACCAUUAGCAGUAUAACGAUACACAGAGUGGAGGUUUGUCCCCAGAUGAAGGUUCAGGGUUUUAGCAUUAGCAGUAUAACGAUAUACGAAGUGGACGUUUGUCCUCAGAUGAAGGUUCAGGGUUUUACCAUUAGCAGUAUAACGAUACACAGAGUGGACGUUUGUCCUAGAUGAAGGUUCAGGGUUUUACCAUUAGCAGUAUAACGAUACACGAAGUGGAGGUUUGUUCCCAGAUGAAGGUUCAAGGUUUUACCAUUAGCAGUAUAACAAUACACAGAGUGGAGGUUUGUCCUAGAUGAAGGUUCUGGACGUUGUGGGWCUGUCAUGGUUGACACGUCUCGUGGGUUCCAAAUAAUGAGGUUUUCCCAGAAAGGUUUUCUCCAGGUGUUUCAGGGAGGUUCUGACUGAUUGURGAGGAGCAGUGUGGUUUUCAUCUGGGUCACACAAAGCAGUCAGUGAGGGGUACUUCAGGAGAACUUGGUGAUGRCGGUCUUAAACCAAACCAGAAGCUGUUUCUGUAUCCUGUUCACCAGAUGGCUUUAGCCAACGUUCUGACCAAGGUCAGCCUUUUAUGGUUUUCAGACUCCUACUGUGGGCCGGCUGUGGAAGAGUGGUUAGCUGUCGUCUUGUAACUGGUGGGUUGCCAGUUCAAUUCCUUGUUCCAGCUGUCCUGGGCAUCCUUGGGCAAGACACUUCCCCCACCUUACCCAUUGAUGGUGGUCCGACGGUUCAGUGGCACAGUAGGGCAGCCCCAGAGCAGCUGUGGUUACAGUGUCGUUUAAUGUCGAUGUCAAAUUUAUUUGUACAGMACAUUAACAACAAAAACUGACUAAAGUGCUUCACAGUUCAGUCAAGACACAAAAAAACAAAAGGACAGAUGCAAAUACAGAAACAAUAUAUGAAAAAGAAGUUACGUUUCUGCUGCAAGCUGAAGAGUUCACAUUAGGACUUUUGUUCAUGAGWGGCAGGACAUGGAGAGAGCUAGAUCACCAAACAAAGGCCUGGAGAUAAGCUGGAAGGGUAGCACUGGUUUUACUGGUACAACCCUGACCGGUGGUCAUCAGGUCCAAGUGAAAGGACCAGAUCUGACCUGAGCAGCUGAAAUGAGCUGAUGACCGGACUCAGCCUUAGACCAGGUUUCCUGAGUACUGGAGACCAGGCAGCCAAGGGCAACUACGGUCUCCUGGAUCAGAUCCAGGCUCUCAGGUGGAUCAAAGAGAACAUCCAGGCCUUUAAAGGAGACCCGAAGAGAGUCACCAUAUUUGGUUCUGGUGCCGGAGCGUCCUGCGUCAGUCUGCUGACACUCUCACAUUACUCAGAAG